AUGAGCAUCGUUGGAGCACCAAAACGUAUUCAAGAGAUUUCUGCUGAAGGGGAAGAACCUCCACCAGAGUUUUUCGUUAAAAAGGACACUAUUUUUGCAGGUAACUUAGGCUCUGUUUCAUCGAUCCAAAUACCGAUCAUCGAUCUGAGUUUGCUUUCAUUGAAUCCCAAUUCUGAAGCAUACAAGGAUGAAAUCAGCAAACUGCUAGAUACUCUCAGCUCCUGUGGUGUUUUUCAGGUAAUAGGUCAUGGGAUGUCAAGUUCAUAUUUGGAGGAAAUACGUAACCUCAUCAAGAAAUUCUUUUGUCUAUCAAUUGAAGAGAAGCAAAAAUAUGGUCGAGUUGCUGAUGGAUAUGAAGGAUAUGGAAAUGACCCAAUUUUUGUUGAAGGACAAGUUUUAGAUUGGUGUGAUCGAUUACUUUUGACAGCAUACCCUCAAGAUCAAAUAAAUCUUCAUUUUUGGCCUCAAAAUCCUCCUAAUUUUAGGAAUGUCUUUGAAGAAUAUUGUAAUAAGGUGAUAAUAUUAACAAGAACUUUGCUAAAAAUAUUUGCAAGAUCACAAAACUUGGAGGAUGAUGCUUUCUCUAAAGAGAUUGGAGAAAGAACAUUGGUACAAGCUAGAUUUAACUUGUACCCUAAAUGUCCAAAACCAGAUAAAAUCUUGGGAGUUAAAGCUCAUGCAGAUGCAUCAAUAAUCACUACUCUUUUGCAAGACAAAGAAGUUGAGGGCCUUCAAGUUUUAAAAGAUGGUAAAUGGUAUGGAGUUCCUACUAUACCCCACGCUUUACUAAUCAAUGUUGGUGAUCAACUCGAGAUAAUGAGUAAUGGAAUUUUCAAGAGCCCAAUUCAUAGGGUGGCUGCAAAUUCAGAACAAGAAAGGAUAAGUCUAGCAGUGUUCUAUUUCCCAGAUUAUGAGAAAGAGAUAGAGCCCCUCCAAGGUUUAAUAAAUUCAGAAAGGCCCCAAAUGUUCAGAAAAGUGAAAAACUAUCCUGCUAUCAAUUUCAAUUCCUUCCAUAAAGGUGAAAUAGCUAUUGACACUGUUAGAAUUUCACCUUCUCAAUGA